GCGGAGGGCAGGGCUGCGGCAGCGGGGUGCUGUGCAGUCUCAGGCGAGUAUUACAGCAGGUGAGUCCUCAGUUCUCUCGGGCGUCGUCGGUCUCAACUGAGUGGCGGCGCCUCGAUCGUCUAGAUGGAGCUGUGGGCUUUCUCACCGGCAUUGGUGCCUGUGCAUCCUUCCCCGGGGCCCAUAUUAUGCGGCUACACACAUAAGCAUCCCCCUCGCACCUGCUCGGGCUCGGAUAUAGAAGAACUUUGAAGCCUGGAUCUGGGACACUGCCACCACGAUCGAGGGAGGACAGCCACUGAACAGCAAUUGAGGUAGCCCACCUUGCCACCCUGUCACUAAAGUCCUUCUGGAAGGAAUGUGCAGAGAUCCGAACUAAAUUGGAUCACCGGGGGGACGAGCAGGGCCGAGAAUAUGGCGGCGCACCGGUAAUAGCACCAUCGAACAUCAACAUGACGGAACCAGUGGCACGACCUGCUCGCCCGGUAGGACUGACCUUGUGACCUAUGCCCUGUCUGGGAACGCGGUAACCCGCAUGACACCCCAGCAGGCACAGCUCGGGCCAUUGGCGGACGUGCUCGGCAGCCCCAUAUUUGACAGCUCAAACCGAGGCUUGUCUUGGCGACUCCGCAGCUUGGAGCUGAGAUCAGCCAGCUGCUGCUCAGGCUGCCGGGCUGCUCAUCAGGCCUGCUGCAGGCUCCGGUUCCUGGGAGCUGACUCCCCAGGUACGAUUGUUGCCUGGCAAUGCAGUAGUCUACACAGUAUAGUACCGUGAGUCGUGUACUACGGCCGGCUCGACAGAAUUAUAGUGUACAUUCUCAAGGAUCCCCAACAUUGAACGGUACCCAACAGGCUGAACGAUUACUAAAAAAAGGAGCUGCCGGGCCAGCGAGACAGGCCGGCCAGUCAGCCAGUGGGCAGCGAGCUGUCUGGCUGUUUCUGUUGGUGCUGGCGCUGGAUCGACAUGGGCAGUGCUCUCCCUUUCUGCCCCGGAUUGGAUGACCCCAGAUGAUGCUCGCUUCCCUGGCUUCCUGUCCCAGCUCGGCAUGGAAACGAAGGGGAUCCUGCCACGGGCCUGCGUUGCCAGGUUGCUGGUUGCAUCCUUGUUCCGCACGGCACUUACUUGGCAGGAUGGACCUCGCCUGAUGUGGCCCCGGUCAGGCAAGCAGGCAAGUCAGACAGUUCCCCCAGCAGCAGCCAGCCCAGCUUGCCCAGUUGGGCGGGCUUUCGUCACCGCGGGCCGUGGCUCAUGAUGUUGUUUGGUGCCGCUCAUCCGAUAUCCCGGUGCGCCUCAGCCCUCGCCAUUGGAGCUGUGCUCUAUUAGGCGCACUGGGCGGACUGGGUCAACACGGUGAGACCGCUGCCCGGCUUGGUACCCGCAGCCACCAUGUGCGGCAGCGAUCCAAGCAAGCCAAGACCUCAAGUGCUCUGGACCUACGGAGUACACUUUGCCCAUGUCACCUUGACGGGCAUAAAAGGUCGGCAUCUCCCUCUCCCUUUGCAGUCUUGGGAGCUGCUAGAUCCAGAGUUUAUUUCAAAUCCGAGAACGCUUAACUGUCUAUCCUUUACUUAAGCUCCAUCCAUAUCCACAUACCCACACCACACAAACCCCAACCCACCGCCAAUAUGCGUUUCUCAACCCUCCUCGUCGCUGUCGCCCCCUUGGUUCUGGCCCAAGACAAUGCCGAGACAACCGGCCCCACCAUCACCGAUGCCAGCCUCCUGCCCACCAGCGUUUCCGAGUCAGCGAGCUCCCUCGCGUCGUCCAUCCUCUCUGAGGCCUCGGGUGCUGCGUCCUCCGCCUCAGCCGAGGCGUCCUCCGCCCUCGAGUCCAUCACCGGCGAGGCCGCGAGCAAGGCCUCCUCCAUCUCCGCAGCGCUGUCCACCGCCACCGGCGACGCCGCCUCCUCCCUUUCCUCUGAGCUUGCCGGCCUGACCAGCUCCGCCGGGGCCGCCGCCUCCUCGGCCACCGAGGCCGCCGGCAGUGCUGCCUCCAGCGCCAGCGAGAGCGCGAGCUCGGCCGCCUCGUCUGCCGCCUCGGACAACUUCGGCCCCAGGCAGACCGCUGCCGUUGGUAUGGGUGCCCUGUUUGGUGGUGCUGCUCUGUUUGCCAACAUGUAAAAUGGACAAUGGGCAUGUGAUGUUGGGAUGUGCAAUUAUUUGAGUCUAAUUGUGGAGGAGCAUUUUAUUGUAUUUAAUCACUUGAUACACCAACGCAUGGGGUCAUAAUGA